AUGAGUCGCCAAACCGUCUCCCGCUUCACGACGAUGAAUGAAGUCCAGAUGGCGAUGAACGACAUACUGAACGAUCCUCACGGCCCCGACGGCAUCGCCUCGAGGCUUUCCCCCUCCGAGCUAUCGUUCUUCAAUGCGACACCCACUUCUACCUUCCGCCGUCUCCUGGUACUGAGGGAAUCGUAUCACCUCAACCACCUCGACACAGUCGACCGCACCUAUACUCUGCAGAGUCAGCAUAACCAAGCGACUCGCCCGAACGAGCCUUCGUCGCCGCGCCUAUACGGCUUUGACAAGGCAUACAAAGAGAUCACCGACAGCACACCCGGCUGGCAGACUCAUCACUUCCUCGACCUAGACUACACCCCGCGCGGCGUUUCCUCCUGGCUGCUGCGCACGAAUGAGGAUGCACAUGGAGUGGGGAUCACUCUGCGCCCGGGAGCCUCAGGCACCCCGUCGCAGGCUGACCCCUGGUUCCGUGAGCGGUUCCAUGAGUGCACUGAGGAUAUAUCCCGCAUCGCUGAUGGACGAGCGAGUAUCGGACAUAUCCCGAGCAGAGGCUUUGACCUCGUCCUUGCAAACGCCUCCAUGGCGCUGCCCGAGGAUGUCGCGCCGUGGGACGAUUAUGUCCACUUGGUAUACGCACAGCUGGUAGUGGCGCUGCAGCACAUCGCCGUCGAUGGUACGCUGAUCAUCAGUCUCCCGACGCGGCCGCUCGUCUGGGUCCUCGAUAUCAUUGCCGUCCUGAGGCAGUCGUUCGAGGGGCCGGGGUCUAUCACGGCUGUCAACCUCGAGCCAGUCGAUCAGACGAGGAGGUCGAUCGCCUACGUCGUGUGUCGCCACUAUGGGGCCUCUGAAGGUUCGAGGCGCCUACACAAAGCGAUCAUAGAUCAGAACCGUACCAGUAAGAGCGUACAUGCUUUCUUGAGAAUAGCGUGUCCCACUAACGUGGAUCCUGUGGUAAAAGCGGGCACUGCCAAUGCUGGCGGAACGUGCCCGCGCCUUUCUAGUGAUUCGGACGAAGGGAUCCUCAGUUCCCAGCAACCAUUCGUGUUGGAGCUCUUCGCGCGCAUAUGGGAACGGCAGCACAAUGCCAUCUACGGGCACUACCAGGAAAUUCUCAGACAGGCAUAUGGAGGUCAAUUCCUUGUCGUCGAGAGUAAGGUAGCUGUCACUCUACGGCUACGAAUCACAGUUCAUACGGAUAAAACAAGCUUGAAGACGAUGAUCAGGAAAUGUCGAGCGUAUCGAAUAAGCCCCACCGCACCGCAGUCUGAGGGCGCCGGCGGAGUUUCUACGGGCCUCUUUGGACCCAGUCGACCUGUCCUAAAGUCCACGCAGCCAGAUGGUUGGUGGGACAGGUCUGCGCGCGGUACACAGCAUCAGUCCACUUUGCAAGAAGAUAGCGCAGCGUGCAUUGCGUUAAACGAAGUAGCAGGGCUCCUAUCACAUGCGGUACAGGUCUCAGAGAAGCCCACUGUACUAUGA